GAGACCAACGCAUAUCACCUAUUUAGUGCCUUUAUAUAAUUCUUGGUGGAUUCCUUGGGAGCAAAUGCAUAUCACUUAUUUUAGAGCCUAUUGAACUUCCAUUCUUAAUAAAAUGCUACAGUUCUUUCUUUGGAUGUGGAUUCCUUUGGAGCAAAUGCUUUGCUUGCUCUUAUAGGCCAAUAGACUCCAGAUUGAUGGUUAUGUAUUUCAUUUUGAAUAUAUUGAAUGUGAUGCAAUAGUUAUUUAUGCAAUUGAAAUUAAUGCUUAGCUGUAUGGGUAUUACGCAUAUUUUGUGAACAUAGAAUUUGGAUGUGGUGAGUUCUAGCUCAAAUGAAAAAUGUAAUUUGAUAUCUCUUGAUGCUGUUUGUACUCAAGCUUGUGUUUUAAAUUAUCAUCAUUACUGCAUUCAUACUAAAGAAUUUUGAAGGUUCUAGGACACAACAAUAAGUCAGAGGUUGACGAAAUUUUUGAAAUUUUAUUCCUACUUUUAGCAGAUGUAAAGCUGAUGGAAGAGUUUUGAGGUUUGUAUAAUAAUUGGUUCGCCUUGAAUGAUAUAGAACAACAAACAUACUUCAAUUGUUGCUUGCUGAAUUUGUUUAUGGUCAUGAAAACAUUUUCGUUUGAUUUGUUGCAACUUUGAUCCUUUGUCAGUGAAGUUGUUGGCUAAACGACAUUGUUUUUUCCAUUAGAAGCUGCCUCAAAGAUACUUGGAAGUUUUAUUGUAAUUAUUAUUGUUUGGCAUGUCCAAUUAUGCAUUUGGGCUUUAUAUGCCUUACCGCCUAUUUACUUUUAUGGUUGAUAUGCUCAUAGCACAUCUAUGACUGAUCUGUCAUCUGAACUUCUUUUUACCCUGUUAUUUCCUUUAAAUUGUGGCUGUUGUUUGUCAGCUUGAUUUUCUUAAAUUAUUUCGCACUUUUGGUUGGAUCAGUAAUAUGUUGUGUUCAUUGUUAUGGCGUACGGAAGUUCCUAUUGUUCUUACAUUACUUGUUUAUGUUGAUUUUGACUUUUCAAAACAUCUGUUGUUAUCAUUUAGUUGUUACAGAUUUAACUUUAAAACAUAGGCAUUGUUGUAAUUAGAGGAGUAUUUUGAUAAAUAAUACAAGUAAUUGGGCAGUAAUUAGUAUGUGUAUCUUGUUUGCCUGAAACUCGAGAUCGUAAUUUCAUUAGAUGUCAAUCCUAGACCUGGGUGAGUCGCAUAUGCUGAUAUCCUGUUUCACUUUGUUUACAAAAUUGAUGUUAUGUUUCCAUUUGAGUUUUCUUUCGCACACCUUUUAAAUUAUUCUUAAUUGAUUUUUGCUAUGUUGGGUUGUUUAAUCUAUUGGAGCACCGCCCUUCCAUUUAUAUGUUGCAGAAUAAAUAUUUAAAUAACAUUCAUUGACAAAACCUCGGUUCAAGAGUAAGAAGCUAGCAUUAAGCUGGGAAUUUUGGAAUUUGUACCAGAUUGAAAGUUCGAUCCCUCUAACUAUGUGAUCAUCAGGUAAUUUGAUACUAUAUCUAGUGUUUAAAUAUAUGCUCAAUUUGAUCCAAGAAUCAACUCAUUUAUCAUUUUAACAUAGACAAACUAAGAUAAAUGCUCCACAGUCAAAAAAUCAUGUUUUCUGAAAUUAUGUCUGUUCAACUUGAUAUUGAUUCUGCUUAGUGUCAUUAUCUAUUGAUUAUUGUCACAGAUUAAUAGGUAAUGACCGAGUAUAUAAUUGAAUCUUUCUCAUCUACCAACUUUGCAUGAAUCUUUCUUAUUGACCAAGUGCACAUGAUUUAACCUUUCUCUGAAUUUUUUUCUAUCUAAACAUUUCAAGCCUAACAUACUUUGAAUUUAUGGUCUAUUUGUUCCUGAAGCUGCAAAACAAACAAUUCAAUCACUCUGUAUUAGUUGGUAUGUCAACAUCCUCUCAUAUGGAUGCCAUCAAGACCAUAACAAAACAUGGGAAAGUAGCUGCAGUUAAGUAACCAAACCUAGAGGCUUAUGAUUGAGCAAGAGAUUGAGAUCAUGCCAUUUUCUUAUUAGGAGGAAUAUUGUAUUCUUAACAUUGAUUUUGACUUAAGCAUGGGGCAUUUGUUUAAUUAGGUUUGCUUGCAAGGCUUACCCUAGACCAAGUUUAGAUUGCUUAAAUUAAGUGCAAAUUGAGGUUGAGAGCAUGCUCUGCUACUCCUUUAUAUCUAACAAGACAAACUAACAGCCAGUAGAGAUUGUAUUGGAGAUGGAGUUAUGGAAAACUACCUUUUUUACAGUGAUGCUGCUCUUGGCUGUAGGAACAGGAGAAGGGCAACUGGUGGAGAACUUCUACAGCUUCACGUGUCCGAGUGUUGAAGCCAUUGUUCGACAGGUUGUGACAAACAAGAUAAGCCAGACAUUCAUCACCAUUCCGGCGACUCUCAGGCUCUUCUUCCAUGAUUGUUUCGUUGAGGGCUGUGAUGCAUCAGUGAUGAUAGCAUCACCAAACGGAGACGCGGAGAAGGACGCGCCGGACAGCCUCUCCCUCGCCGGCGACGGCUUCGAUACCGUCAUCAAAGCCAGGCAAGCCGUUGACGCCGUCUGCCCCAACGUUGUCUCCUGCGCCGACAUCCUUGCCAUCGCUGCCAGAGACGUCGUCGUCCUCAGCGGCGGUCCAAACUUCAACGUUGAGCUCGGACGGCGAGAUGGCCUCAUCUCACAGGCAUCCCGUGUCGCCGGCAACCUCCCGGAACCGACCUUCGACCUUAACCUCCUGAACUCGAUCUUUAAUAAGAACAACCUCUCGAUGAUCGACAUGAUCGCCCUCUCCGGCGCUCACACCGUAGGCUUCUCCCACUGCUCCAAGUUCUCCGCCCGCCUCUACUCCUUCAACUCGCCCUCCCGGAUCGAUCCCUCGCUCGAUUCUUCAUACGCGCAGCAGCUGAUCCGCGAUUGCCCGCCGAACGUCGAUCCGACCAUCGCCAUCAACAUGGAUCCUUCGACCCCCAACGCUUUCGACAACGCAUAUUACCAGAAUUUGUUGCAAGGGAAGGGGUUGUUCACGUCCGAUGAGGUGCUGUUCACGGACCAGAUCUCGCAGCCGACGGUCAGCGACUUCGCCUCCAGCUCCGGCGACUUCUUCGCGGCGUUCGCGACGGCGAUGGUGAAGCUCGGGCGGACGGGGGUGAAGACGGGCACUGAUGGAGAGAUUCGAAGAGAUUGCGCGGCUUUCAAUUCGUGAUGUUUUUCCGAUUUAGUCCCUUUGAAAAAGUUACGUAAAGUUGUUGGUGUUGGUGUGUUAGGUGACUUGUUAAUUGUUAUUGAAUUGAUGUUUUCCAAGGGGUAUAAAUGAAAUUAACUCACCCUUUUAUUAUCA